AUGGCCAGUGUUACCCAAUUGGGAUACAUCGGUAUCAGCGCAAGCAACCUCGAGGAAUGGGAGCAUUUCGGCACCGAGGUCCUGGGGCUGCAGUCGAACGGCGUUGACUCCAACGGCGUCCUGACGAUGCGGAUGGACGAGUACACACACCGCUUCAUCGUCAGCCCGACGGGGAAGGACGACGUUGACUUCGUGGGCUUCCAGGUCACUGAUCAGGCGGGGCUGGCCGCGAUGGCGGAGCAGCUUCGGGAGGCUGGCAUCGAGGUGUCGAUCGGCACUCCAGAAGAGGCAAAGGAACGGAGGGUCGAGGGGCUGAUCAAGUUCGAAGACCCCGACGGGACACCGACCGAGGUCUACUACGGCCCGCCGGUCAGCUUCGACAACCCGUUCAACUCGCCCCGCCCCGUCAGCGGCUUCGUCACCGGUGAGCAGGGCCUGGGCCAUGUGGUCUACCACGUCGAAGAUCUGGACCGGGCGGUGGCGUUCUACCGGGACGUGCUGGGGAUGAGGAUCAGCGACUACAUUCGCAACCUGGUUUUCUUCCACUGCAACCCGCGGCACCACACCCUGGCGAUCAUCGAAGCCAAGGGGCGGAACACCAAGAAGCUCAACCACUUCAUGGUGCAGACGCAGGGAAUGAACGAUGUGGGUCAGACCUACGACAUGGUGCUGGACUCCGACAUCAACGUGACCCGCGGACUGGGGUCGUCAUACCAACGACCAUAUGACCUCCUUCUACAUGAAAACUCCGUCGGGCUUCGACGUGGAGUACGGCUGGGGCGCGCGGACUGUGGACGACGCGACUUGGCAGGUGGUACGCCACGAAAAGGGCAGCAUCUGGGGCCACCGGCCUGUGCCGCAGCCUGCGGCGACCAGCUAGGGGCAGACAGGGCAGUUUCCAAAUGGCUGACCUGCCACCGUUGCCGGACCCAGGGUUUCAAAGCCCAGAUGACCGCCGCACGAUUGGACGGCGGUUUAUCCUUCAGGCUCGCGACUACCUGGAAAAGGGCGACCGCCUGCAGGCCGGAGAGAAGGCCUGGGGGGCGAUCGCCCAUAACCUGA